AUUCAUAAAUCAACAUGGUAUCAGAGCACGGAGAUCCGUCUCGACCUACUCCGUCGCUGCGUUAACCGAAGAAGAAAAAAAAUCAGCGUUGCCGAUCUGCUUCUCCCUCGCACCAGCUUCCGCCGUGACCAGUCAUGGCUGUCUUAUCACCUGAUCCUAUGGAUCAUCUUCCUACGGGUCUCAAAUUGUUUGUCCGAAAUCUUCAAUCCCUAACUCCGGUCAAGCUUGACGACACCAAUUAUCCCUCUUGGUCUGCUACUGUUCGUGCAAAUCUUCUUGCUCAUCGCUUACUCAGUUAUGUUGAUGGAUCUGAACCAUCACCACCGGCUCUUAUUCUUGAUGAGAAGGCUACGGCACCAAGCAAGGAUGCACCCCCGGUUAUGAAACCAAAUCCAGCGUAUGAAUCAUGGCUUAUUGUUGAUGCUCAGAUUCGGGCCUGUCUCCUUGCGAUUGUUUCCCCCACUGUUCAGACUCAUAUUCAUGCUCUUCCCACUUCUGCUGCAAUCUGGAAUCAUCUCGAACAACGGUACAAUUCUCUUUCACGCACUCAUAUUUUUCAACUGAAGGAGCGCUUGCACAGUGUUACUAAGGGCACUGAUUCAAUGCAAACGUACUUGGAUACUAGCCAAAACCCUAGAGAAUUUCUGUGGAAACAGUUCACGAUCGACCGGCAUCGCAUCCAUCGAUCGUCGCUCGUUGCUGCUGCCGAAGAUCCGGAACGGUCGACCGUUGCUACAGAACGGUCGAGUGCGUCGACCGUCUCGUUGGCAGAUUGUCUGGCCGCCGCUGCUGUUCGCUCCAUCGUUGACCUGUGUCAUUCAAUUUCCGAAAGUGAAACCUCAGAUGAAGGUGGAUCGAGUAGUUCCCCCUCGAUCGAUUACUUUGAAGACGAUGAAGAGAUGCCUGCGGAAGAGCAGCUGGACCGUUACAUAAGGAACGGUCGACCGGAGAAAAAUGGAGAAGCAGACAAGGUACAGGCGGUCGACUCGGUGGACCGUCUUGAUGUCCACGGUCGACCGUCCGAGAGGCAGAAUGACGGGCUUUUGGGAGACGAUCAAACGGUCAACCGUGAUGACGACCACUUGAUUUGGUCUUUUGAUCAGAGAUGUUGCUGCGUAUUUAAGCACGGUUGUAUAUAUCAUGUCUCAAUCAUAGUUGUAACAAUGGCGUCUAAGAAAGGUGAAAGCGAAGACAGAGAUUUUGUGCCGAGGGAAUCCGAUGAUAUGCUUUUGAAAAUGCCUAACGGACUCGAAACUAUGCACGUGGUUGAAGCUGAUUUGGGAACAUUACAUAAAAUCAGUGACAAGAAAGGCAUUGACAAUAAAGUCAUUGACCAGCAGGCAGUAGAGGAUUUGGAUCCAGCCAUUUGGGACAUUAGUCCUUACUCUACAACCAAAGUCCUCACUGAUAUUCCCACUAAACCACCACAAAUCGUCAAUGAUAUUCCCAAUGAACCACCACAAAUGCCCAAUGUUGUUCCCAUUGAACCAUGCCAAGUCCUCACUGAUAUUCCCACUAAACAACCACAAAUCCUCAAUGAUAUUCCCACUGAACAACAACAAGUCCUCAAUGAUGAUCCCAGUGAUGGUAUAGAUGUUGAACCACAGCUCAAUGUUGGUCAACUUGAGGACAUUCAGGAUGAACAAGCACAAGACCCGGAUGGUAUAGAUGUUGAAGAACAACAGACUAAGGAUAUUGCCAUUGACCAACCAAAAGACACUGCAAGGCAGAAGAGGGUUGUGAAAUGCCCAGAUAAGCUGUAUGAUUCUAACCAAAAGGGGAAGACCAGUCGCCACACAAAACCAUACCUUCCAUGUCUACAGAUCUUACUGCCAAAGGUGAUGGACAAACUGGAAGUGUACAAGGAGCGGAAAAUGCCUGAGAUGGGAGAUGAUGUGCUAGGCAUUGUGAACAUAAAUGAUUGCCCACAACAACAGGACGCGGUGAGCUGUGGCGUAUUCGUUGUAAAGAUGGCUGAGCAUCUAAUCAUGGGGAUGGAAGUGGAUGUUGCAGGCAUUGAGAGUUUCAGGAAAAAAAUUGCAACAGAAGUGCUGUUAUAUGCAAACAGGAGGGCUGAGCAUUAGCAUGGGAAAUGUAACCAAGUUUAAAAAACUUUUAUGUUUACUUUUAGUAUGGUGUUGUAGUAGUUGCACUAUGGGUUUUUAGUGCAGUAUCAGUACUUUUCCUAUUAUUAGUAAUAUGGGUUGUAAGUGCACAGUAUGACAUUACUGUGCAGUAAUGACAUUACUUUUUUGGAUAAAAUUGGGGCACAGUAUUUGAUGAAUAUUUUUUUGAAAAGGGGAGUAAAGAAGUAACCUUUAA